AUGAGGGACGGCACCGGCACGGGGACCCUGGGCACCGGCCUCGCCACGGAGCCGCGCGGGGACUCGGCCAAGCGACCGUGCAGCCUGCGAGCACGGGAGAGCCCGCGCCCACCGGGCGCCCGGCCCUGGGCGGAGGCGCCUGCGGGGGAUGACCACGGAGACGCACAGAACGAGACGGUGUCGCGGGAAACGAAGAGUGCCCCGCGCGAGGCCUGGCUUCCCGGCGGCACCCAAGUGCCGGCAUGUUUGACAGAAUCAUCGAGGAGAAAUUCGGCUGCCGCGGUGGCUCCGGGCAAGACUGUGGAUCCGUCCUUGGGGCCUGCGGGGGAGCGCCUCGCGGGGGUGCCCUGCGGUGUCGGGGCGGCCCCGGUGAGGGACUGGCUGGAAGGGCCCCGGGCCACCAGCAGCCACCGAGGCCGGUGCCGCAGAGGAGAGCUUGGGGGGCCAGGGCUGCCACGCGGCUCGCGGUCAGGAGCGGGCGUCUCUGCCGGGGAGCCGCCUGGCCGGCCCGAAGUGCUCCCGAGCGAUGGCAGUGCGCUUCCCCGGCACACAGAGCGCGGGGAGGUGCCGCCCCGCGCCCCCCGGCCCUCCGCGGACCUGCCGCCGGCCCCGGGCCCUGUGGGCUUGUGA